AUGGGGGAGCGAUUCAUUGCUGGCCUUUGUGAGGAUCAUAUCGAGGAAGAGCUCUGCUGGGAUGAGAAGAGGGAACUCCCGCUGACAGAGCCUGACACAAGGCCUACGAAAUGGAGGGCCCCCACAUGGAGCUGGGCUUGUACCGACUGUCCAGUCUUACUCAGCCAAUUGACAAAGCGACAUGGGGGCCAUGCGAGCCGCCAAAUUGAGGCCGAGUGCGUGAAGAAGCAUGUCACCGGAAAGAUAUCGGGGGAACUAGAGUCCGCCACGAUCGAGCUAAAGUGUAAGCCAGUGCCAGCGACCAUCACUGAACUGGCGCUAUGGUCAUCAAGCGACAUGGUACUUCGUCUGUUCGAUCAAGACGGAGACGUAGCGAGUCGCAAGUUGACACACCGAUUUCGACGUGGCGAGGUUCAAACGUUCUGCGAAGUAUUCUAUCUUGAGAAGGCGAAGAUCGACAAGGAAUCGCAUGAAAGACAAUCAAGUACGGAUGGCUAUGUCGUACUCAUUCAGCACUGUGUCCAUAGCCAAGACUCAGCAAUGAACCGAAGUCCCGACGUUUCAGAGAAUGAGGACGAAACAGACUCUGAGUCAGAGGAAGAGCCGUAUGAGAAGGAUAGCGCCGAAGCUUUGUUUUUACAGGCACAUGGCGACAAUACGUUUGUAAAGGUGGGACUGCUCUGUUUUGACGGGGAUCGUGGCGUCAAGCAAAUUCUCGAAGCGCAUCGUCUCGCAGAAGAGAGAGUAAUUACUCUUAUUUGA